GCCCUUUGAACCGGAAAAGUAUGAAAUGUUAGUCUGAUAUCGUCCCUCCAGGACAUAUGGUAGGAUUGGAAUGGAGAUUCCGAUGUGGAAAAAGGAAAAGUAUGAAAUGUUAGACCAUUUAUGAUUGAAAAGGGCUAUAGUAUAAAAUGUAAGACUAUUUAUGUUUCUAAAGUAUUUGAUUUUUUACUGCAAGAAAGAGCGGAAGAUAUACACAAGUAUACAACGGAGAUCUUUGUGUAAUAGGGCAAAAGAGAAUAGAACCACUAAACAAAGCCUUUUAGAGGCUUUGCUGUUAGUAAUGAAAAAGAACUGAGAGACUUUUUUCAGGUUUGUUGUCUUGGCAUAAUUUUAUUGGGUUAUGAGAGUGAAAAGAUUGGUACUUUACAUUUCACAUUUCACAAAAAUAGUCAGUUUUGAAGAGGAGAGUUGAGACUUUUCUUAUUCUUAUUUUCAACUUCACAAUCUUGAAACAUUUUUGAUUGGGUUAUGAGAGUGAAAAGAUUGGUAUUUGACAUUUCACAUUUCAGAAAAAUAGUGAGUCAGUCCUGAAAAGGAGAGUUGAGACUUUUUUGAUUCUUAUUUUCAACUUCACAAGAGCCAAUUUCACAGUCUCACGAAAUCUACAUGAAGUUUACGUAUCCAUAGCGGUGCAGGUAUUGCCAAACAUGUACAUUCACAUUCCUGAUUCCUCUGCUUAUCCCACAUGACCUUUUGGAUUGUGCGAUAAUUUUAUUGAUUCUACUAAAGAUUUGUGCUCUAGAGCUUGUAUGGAAUUGGGUAGUAUUAUUGCAGCUUAUUUGCAGAGGAAACCUGGGUCAUGGUAGUUCAUUGUAAAUCAAGUGUUUGUUAUAAUGUCUCAAUGACCUGCAUCACUUUUUGCUCAUUUCCUUCAAUGGCCUGUACAACUCUCAUCGCCAUCGUCACAACCCUCCUCUUUAUCUCUUUUAAAGUUGAUUGUUCAAGUUCAGAUACUUGGAUUAAAGGUGGUUAUUGGCAUUCUGGUGCAGGUCUUCCUGUAUCUGAAAUUGAUUCUACGUUGUUCACUCACCUUACAUGUUCUUUUGCCUUUGUAAACUCUUCCUCAUAUCAGAUCUUAAUCAAUUCCUCUGAUCAACAAUCCUUCUAUACCUUCACCGACACGGUGCAACUUAAAAACCCAUCAAUCGUUACACUCCUAUCAAUCUGGGUUGGCAGAGAACACUCUCCAAUUUUUUCUUCCAUGAUCAGCCAGUCUUCUUACAGAAAAUCCUUCAUUGAAUCUUCUAUUACAAUUUCUAGGUUAUAUGGAUUUAAAGGCCUUGAACUUCGUGGAGUUAUGGCAAAUAACAGUACCAACAUGACCAAUUUAGGAACCCUUUUGAAUGAAUGGAGGGAUGCUAUUGCUUCUGAGGCAAGAAGCUCUGGAAAUUCACAAUUGGUCUUGGCUAUGGCUGGAUAUCACUUCCUGGAGAAAGAAUUCGUUAGUUAUCCGAUCGAAUCCAUGAGAAAAAAUUUGGAUUGGAUACAUGUUAUAGCAUAUGACUACUAUGUGCCAACUAAGUAUAAUUAUACAGGUUAUCAUGCAGCUUUAUAUGGACCAUCAAGAAGGGCUAGUGCUAAUGAUAGUAUAAUGGAGUGGAUAAGCAGAGGAAUUUCAGGUAACAAGCUGGUUUUGGGUUUGCCUUUACAUGGGUAUGGUUGGUCACUAUUGAAUCCUCAAGAUAAAGAUGUUGGUGCACCAGCAUCUGGUCCGGCUAUAACAUUGGAUGGCUCAAUGGGCUAUAAGUUAAUCAAAUCGCAAAUCCGAAACUAUGGUUAUGGUGUUGUUUCUGGUUUUAAUAGUACAUAUGUUGUGAAUUUCAUCAAAUUGAGCAACAAUUGGAUCAAUUUCGAUGAUGUUGAGGCUAUUAGAGCAAAGAUUGGUUAUGCAAAGGAGAAGAGGCUUCUUGGUUACAAUUUCUUUCAACUCGACAACGAUGAAAAUUGGGAGCUUUCUCGAGCAGCAGGCGACGAAGGAGAUGCAGAUCAUAAGAGAAGGGGACGAUUGCGGGUCUUCGUGGCAGCUGUUGUAGUCAUAGCAAUUCUCUUAAUGGGCAUAAUUAUUUGCUGUUACUUGCGAAGGCGAGUGUUGCAAUCAAAAGGUAUCACAGAUGCGUUGAAAAGAUCAAUGUUCAUAUUAAAAGCCAAAUUAUCAGCUGCUGAACAUCACGGCAAGAAUUCGUCAAGUCCACAAGCAUUCAGCUUUGCUAUCAUUAAAGCUGCUACAAAUAAUUUUUCAAGCGAAAAUAAGCUUGGAGAAGGUGGAUUUGGACCCGUGUACAAGGGAAGAUUACCUAGCGGACAAGAAAUUGCGGUAAAGAGGCUUUCAAAAACUUCGACUCAAGGAUUGGAGGAGUUCAAAAAUGAAGUUACACUUACAGCAGGACUUCAACAUGUGAAUCUUGUUAGAGUCCUGGGAUUUUGUACAGAGAGGGAUGAAAAGAUACUGGUUUAUGAGUGCAUGCCCAACAAAAGCUUGGAUGCCCAUCUCUUUGAUCCAAUUAGACGGUAUCAGCUAGAUUGGAGAAAGCGAGUGCACAUCAUUGAAGGUGUUACUCAAGGUCUCCUGUAUCUCCAAGAAUACUCGAACUUUACAAUAAUUCACCGAGAUAUAAAGGCUAGCAAUAUUUUGCUGGAUAAUGAGAUGAACCCCAAGAUAUCAGAUUUUGGCAUGGCUAGACUUUUCAGAAAAGACGAACUUGAAGCAAACACUGGUCGAAUUGUUGGAACAUAUGGCUAUGUACCUCCUGAAUAUGUAAGAAAAGGUAUAUACUCCAUGAAAUACGAUGUCUAUAGCUUUGGAGUUCUGCUUCUGCAAAUCAUAAGUGGCAAGAGGAAUACAUGUUCUUACGGCCCAUAUGAGAAUCUUAAUCUUCUUGAAUAUGCAUAUGACUUGUGGAAAGACGGUGCUGCAAUGGAGUUCAUUGAUCCAACACUGGACGAUUCAAAUUCAACUUGUAAGCUCAUUCAAUGCUUGGAAGUAGCUCUGCUAUGCGUGCAAGAAAAUCCAGCGGACAGACCAUCCAUGUUGAAAGUCUCUUCAAUGCUCAAGAAUGAAACACCAGCCGCCGCGGCUCCUAAAUGUCCUUCCUUCUCAAUCAAAAAUGAUGAAGAUGAGGAAUGUAAACCAAGAUUGAAGGAAAGAAUUUGGUCAGUCAAUGAUAUGACAAUUUCCCAAGAUUUCCGGAGUUUACAUUUGCUGAUUUCUUGCGCUGCUGGGCUAGAUAGUUACUCGGUCAAAGAUGCAAGUUGUUUACUAUCUCUAUUAUUCGAGAUGGUCAAAGUUGUGUGUUGUUUACAACUGAUUGUUGCUGUCAGAACCUCGAUGGUGGUAUUCACAGAAGAUGUUGGAGUGAAGCGUAGAUUACGUGCUCGAAGAAAGUCCCAAGUGAAGUUUUUCCUUGGGAAGAGAUCGCAAUGGUGGGAAUUUUGGCAGAUCCUGGUACGACUAGUGGCGGCUCUCGCCCUGUUUGUCAGCAAGGGACCACGCAUGCACCGAGUGUUGGGCAUUCUCAUUGUAAGAUCUUUGUUGAUGCUUGAAUAUAAAUUCUGUCAUAAACCUUCACUUGUUUACAUUGCUUCUUCAAUGGCUCGUAAAUCUCUCAUCCUACUCGUCCUCCUUUGUUUUCCCUUUGAAGUGUUAAGUUCAAAUUCGGAAACCUGGAUUAAAAGUGGUUACUGGUAUGCCGGGACCAACCUUCCGGUCUCCGACAUUGAUUCUACUCUUUUUACUCACCUUUCAUGUGCUUUUGCUUAUGUGAACUCUUCCUCUUAUGAGCUCUACAUCAACUCGUCGCAUCAAUUGUCCUUCGCUUCCUUCACCAACAUCGUCAGGCGCAAAAACCCUUCGAUUUUUACUCUCUUAACGAUCUGGGUUGGGAAACAAUAUUCUCCAGUUUUUUCUUCCAUGAUAAACCAGUCUUCUUACAGAAAAUCUUUCAUCGAGUCUUCUAUUUCAACUGCUAGGCUAUAUGGAUUUCAAGGCCUCGACUUUGGUGGGGUUAUGCCUGAUAAAAAUACAAACAUGACGAAUCUAGGAGUUCUGUUGAGCGAAUGGCGAUAUGCAAUUGCUUCUGAAGGAAGAAAGUCUGGGAAUCAAGACUUGAUCCUAGCAAUGGCAGUUUAUAGCUUGAAAGAAAAUGACUCGGCAAGUUAUCCGAUUGAAUCGAUGAGGAGGAAUUUGGAUUGGGUACGUGUUGCAGCAUAUGACUAUUAUGUGCCAAUGAAAGAAAAAUAUACAGGUCUUAAUGCAGCUUUGUAUGGACCAUCAGGGAGGCUUAAUGCAAAUGAGAGUAUAAUGUCAUGGAUAAAUGGUGGAAUGCCUGCUAAUAAGCUGGUUCUGGGUUUGCCCUACCAUGGCUAUGUGUGGUUGCUAUCGAAUUCCCAAGACAAUGACAUUGGUGCACCAGCAUCAGGUCCAACUAUCACUAUAGAUGGCUCUGUGGGCUAUAAGCUCAUAAAAUCUUACAUCCAGACCUAUGGUUUUGGUGCAGUGUCCGUGUACAAUAGUACGUAUGUAGUCAAUCUCUUUCGAACGGGAAGGUACUGGGCGAAUUUUGAUGAUGUAGAGGCAAUUACAGCAAAGAUUUCUUAUGCAAAAAAGAUGGGGAUGCUUGGUUAUGCUGCCUUUCAACUCUCCAAUGAUGACAACUGGGUGCUUUCUAAGACAGCAGCUAAUGCAGGAGAGGAAGAUCAACAGAACUUGGUGAGACUGUUGGUAAUUGUGCUGGCUAGUAUCACAGCAAUUGCACUGCUGGGAACCAUGGUCUGCUAUUGCUGGCGAAGCCGAGUAUUACCAUUAAGUGGGAUCAUGGAUACAUUGAAAAUGUUGGAGUCCAAAGUCGGAGUCAAAGUUCCCGAUUCUCCUCACAGGAAUGCUUCUAGUCUGCAAGCAUUCAGUUUCAAUAUCAUUAAAGAAGCUACAAAUAAUUUUUCAAAUGAAAAUAAGCUUGGGGAAGGUGGAUUUGGACCUGUAUACAAGGGAAAACUACCCAGCGGAGAGGAAAUCGCAGUUAAAAGGCUCUCAAGAACUUCAAAUCAAGGAAUGGAUGAGUUAAAGAAUGAGGUCGCACUUACUGCAACUCUUCAACAUGUAAAUCUGGUUAGUGUUGUGGGAUAUUGCACUGAGACAGAGGAAAAGAUGCUGGUUUACAAGUACAUGCCCAAAAAAAGCUUGAAUCAGUACCUCUUCGAUCCAAUCAGACAGAAUCUCUUGGACUGGAGAAAGCGAGUGAAGAUCAUUGAAGGUGUUACUCAAGGUCUCUUGUAUCUCCAAGAAUACGCAAAUGUUACUAUAAUCCAUCGUGAUAUAAAAGCUAGCAAUAUUCUGCUAGACGAUGAGAUGAAUCCGAAGAUAUCAGAUUUUGGCAUCGCUAGACUUUUCAGAAAAGAUGAACUUGAAGCAAACACAGACCGGAUCGUUGGAACAUACGGAUAUGUACCUCCAGAAUAUGUUAGAAAAGGCGUAUACUCAACAAAAUACGACGUCUACAGCUUUGGAGUUCUACUUCUGCAAAUUAUAAGUGGAAAGAGGACCAAUUGCUUAUAUGGUCCACAUGAAAAUUUGAACCUCCUUCAAUAUGCGUACGAGCUGUGGAAAGACGGUGCGGGGAUGGAGUUCAUCGAUACAACAUUGGAUGAUUCAUCUUCAAGCUGUAAGAUCAUCAGAUGUAUGCAGAUUGCUCUCUUGUGUGUUCAAGAAAAUGCAGUGGAUAGACCAUCAAUGUUGGAAGUCUUUUCCAUGCUAAAAAAUGAAGCUAUGCCCAUCACAACUCCUAAACAGCCUGCUUUCUCAAUCAACAGUGAUGAAACUCACGAGGGAUGUCAAACACUGAUUAGGGAGAGAAUCUGUGCUGUUGAUGAUGCAUCAAUUACACAAGUUGUCCCAAGAUAAGACAAAAAAAAUUUCCCAAGUAUUACUGUACAGUAAGGAAGUAUUAGGAUGAAGCUCGGGUGAAACUAAGUGGAGUUCCGAACCGAGUUGUGUUAGGGAUGAAAUGUCACUCGAAGCUAGAGCUAGCUGGUUAUCCCCGAGAUGCAUUGAGGUGCAGCAGUUGGACUGAACAUCUAGGGGUAGAGCGAUGUUUCCAUGCAGGCUGAGACUUUUAUCUAGAUAAAAUUUUGUCUAGCUAUUAUGCCCCACAUAUUGGGAUAAUACCAAAAUUGUCAAUUUCCUAACCUUGUAAGCUGUCCCAAAUUCCCAAUUAGAUUUAGUGGGGCGGCUAGCAAUUAAAUCAAUCGUUGUUCCGGAGGUAGUACAUUGAGUAUUUGUCCUAUCCCAGGUAAUAAUUAUAUGAAAAAUAAUAUAACAUUAAAUUA